GAGGCAAAAAAAUUGUGUAGGAACGUCCGAAAACAACAAACAUGUUCAGAAGAAAUCAUAAAAGAUAAGUAGAAAACUAUACAUUUUGUUUCUUUAGUUCUAGAACUUUUUAUUUUACCUUUUUCUUUUAUUUUUCAUGCUAUAUUUUUUCGAUUUAUUUUCAAGAAUUUUUUUUUAAUUUUUUUUUUAAUUUUAUUAUUUUUUAUAUGAUUAUUUUACUUUUUACUUUUUAUUUUAUUUUCUCACUUUUUAUUUUUUGCAGACUUUCAUUACUUUAUUCAAUUUUUUUUUGUUUUUCUAAGUUAUCCACAUGGAAAUCUUACCCAAAAUGGGAUCCUCAAACCCAGUGCAAACCAAUACAUUAUCAUUUUUUUAGAGCAUUUCCAAUAAAAUCCUUCUCUUACCAUGAGAAACUGUGGAAGAGAGAACCAAACCAGCAUUGCAUUAAUUUUAUUUAUAUCAAUGCUUCCCAUAUACCAGUGCAAACCUUAAAAUUUUUUUUUUAUUCUGACUUUUUUAUUUUUAUUGUAUCAAACCAUGCUUUUUUUUUAUUCAAUUUUUAUCUUUUUACAGAUAAUUUUUUUAUGUAUUUUUUGAUUUUUUAAUAGUUAUAUUUGUGUUUUUCAGGUUUGCUAAAGAAUCAUUGCUCACCAGUGCAAUCAAGCUAUAUUUAGACUAGAUAUUUUUUUAUAUAUUGUAUAAUUAAAACCAUUUUUUCCAAAUUUUCACACACUUGCGAAUAGGAACCCUAACUCAGGACCACUAACCUUAUUGUAGGAUAUAUAUUGAUAUUACCAAUAUUCAUGAAAUUACUGAAAUUCCAGAGCUUUAUACAAGAUUGUAAUUGUGAUAAGAGUUGUUGACAUACUUCUGCCCAACACCUCUAGACAUAGAGAGUCAUGAAAAAUAGUCCAGUUUGAAAAACUUUCCAAGCAUUUUCUGGUUAUGAAAUUUUAAAUUAAAUAACACAAAAACAGUUCCUCAUCAAUAUCCAUGUUCUAUUUUUUGCUGUUUGAUCCAUUUACACAAAUUUAACAUUAAUAGUCCUGUUUAUUUGCCUAUACAUAUAUAUAUAUAUAUAUCACAAUACAUAUCCAACCAUGAGCUAUAGAUGAGUACGCCAUCAAAAAGCAGUUCAUGAAUUAUUGAUACAGAAUCAAGAGAAAUUUUAGACAAAUAUAUUUUCCCCCUAGUAAUAUAUUUUUAUGCAAAUUUAGGAGCAAAGAAAUGAAAUUGAAUCCCAUCAGGAUGAUUACACAGAAAUUGCUUCUCAUCUUGAGGACUUACGAACAAUGUGUGACCCAAAAGAGAGAAAAACUCUCAUUUCGAGAUACACUGAAUGCACAAAGUUUCUUGGCCGAGUCUGUGAAGUCGUGUCUGCUCGUGAAGAAGCCCUUGAUAAGUUGAUGACAUUUUACGAUGGCGCUCAAGAGCUGAAGGACAUGCUUGAACGACUUGAAAAUGACCUCAAAACAGCCGUAAUAACCUCAGAUCAACUGACGUCAUGGCAACAAGAAGCUCAAGAUCUACAAAGUAAAAUGAAGGAUUGUUCAAGAAACGGUUCCGGUCUUGACCAAGUUCUUCAACAAGCUCAGAUAACAGCAUUGGACAAUAUAGACUCAAAGCAGAGAACAACUGUCCGUGGUUACCUCAACCGACUCGAAGCAAAAUGUGACAGAGUUUUAUCAGAGAUUGCAAACAAACAAGAAAAGUAUGAUGAGGUUGAUGACCUCUGGAGGAAUUUCCUGGACAGGAAAGAGCGAUUGAUCAAGUCAGUUGAUGACAUUGAGGAAAAAGCUUCCACUAAUAUUGAGAUGGGAACGGUCACUCAAGAUGAGUUACAAGAACUUAUCAAACAAAAUGAUAAACUCAAGGAUGAAUUAGAUGCAAAACAGUAUGAAUCCAACGGUCUCAGAAGUAAAGGAAAACAACUUAUGGAAGCUGAUCCUUCACAAUCCCAGCUUAUAAGUGAGCAUCUUCAGCUUGUCGACAUGAGUUGGGAAGAUGCUGAACAAGCUAUUACUGAAACAGAUGAACAGCUGACUAAACUACUGAAUUUACUGAAAGAUUAUGAAUUCAUUAAAGAAAGAAAUGUUAAAACACUGAAAAAUGCUGAAUCCAUUGCAGAGUCUGCUGAAGCACCGAGACAUUUUAACAUGGAAGAAGUGAAGAGGCACAUGGCUAAAUUAGAGUCUUUGAAGGAUGAGUUAGAUGAACGACAAUCAACCAUGGAUGAUAUGGCAAAGAAAGGCAAAUUAUUUGCUGCUUACGUCAAAAAGGUUUUAAUUUGCGACACUGGAUAUAUCGACCAGGAAUUAGAAGAUAUCGUGGACAGAUAUCUUGAUGUUCAAGACAAAGUUGAAGAAACUUUAGAGAAUCUGCAAGGACAGCUUGGUUUAUGGAAAGAACUGGCUGGUGCUGAUGAAGAAAUGGAAGAUUGGAUGAAUACUUCAAUCAAUGACUUGAAUGCAUCGAUAUCUAGUUUGGAUGAUUCUGCUGCUUUGAAAGAUAAACUGGCUGCUGUGCAUGAAGAGAUUGAUAAGCAUAAAUCUCACUACGAGACAUUGCAAGACAAAGUAACAGAAAUGCAUAAAUUCAGAAGAAGAACUUCUGUUGGUGAAAUGGAUGAAUUAACACAAGUCAAUGAAAAUAUGAAAAACAAACUUGAGAAAGCUCUUGCAGUGUAUAAACAGGCUCAACUCAAACUUGACGAUUUCACUUCCCAACACACAAUGCUGUCAAACUAUGUUGCUGAAUUGAAUGAAUGGCUGAAACUCAAAGAAAAAAUACUGAAAAAUUUUAUGAAAGACAAGAAUACAGAAGAAUUGAACAAAGCAAGAGAAAUCCACACAGAAAUCUCUGGCCAGCAAGACAAUGUUGAAUCAGCUAAAGAGCAUUUGAAUAGUUUGUGCAGAAAAUAUCAAAAUGCCGAGCUCAAUACAGUCCAGGAGAAAGUUGGUCAACUGACAUCAACCUAUGAUGAAGUUUUUAAACUGUCAUUAAAAGUUAUCGAACUCUUGGAAAGCAGUCUGGAAGAAGAAUUGAAUACAGCAGUGAAAUCAUUCUACAGUUGGUACAGAGCUGCAAAGGAAGUGUUGUCUGCUUGUGCUGAUACUUCUGCUGAUAUUCCUGUGCUGGAAGAAAGAUUGCAGAAAUUACAAUCUUACGCUGCUAAGACAGAAGAAGGUCAAUCCAAACUCAACACAGCAGUUGAAGCAGGUGAACACUACAUCGAAAAUAUCAACAGGAACACUGAAACCAUUGAAGAGCAGAUCACUAACAUGAAGGAAGACUGGCAUAAGUUCCUAGGACAACUAGAGGAAGAGAAAACCAAUCUAGAAUACUCCUUAUCUGGGCUUCGAUCUCUGGAGGAAAAUCGCAAAGAUCUGGCAACAUGGCUGAAAGAAGUGGAGAAGAGAUUACGAGAGGAAGAAGAUGUUGAUGCUGGAUUAGAAGAUAAAACUGCGAGGCUCGAGAAACUAGAGACAAUCAACAAGGAUCUUUCAAGCAAAUCCCAACAAGUUGAAACCUUAUUGCAACAAGCUUAUGAACUUGUGGAAGGCGACUCCUCUCAAAACACAGGAGCAAGGAAAGCCCAUCAACUUAUUUCAUAUUAUCACGGCAUUUGUAAAAAGGCAAAGGAACACUUACGAGAAUGCGAACAAAUUGUAAAUGAUCAGCGACAAUAUGAAGAAUCAUUACUGUCAGCACAAGAAUGGAUCCAGUUUGCAAACACUAAACUUGAUUCUUGUGUUGAAACAAGUGUUUAUGCAAAUGGUAAAGAAGAGCUUGAGGAAAGUUUGAAUACUGUCCAAGAUCUCCUGCUCAAGAAACAAGAAGGUGAAGUUAAACUGAAUGUCGCUCUUGGCAAAGGAGAAAGGGCAAUGGAGAAGAGCACUCAUGCUGGAAAAGAUCAAAUUAAAACAGAUAUAAACCAACUCAAAAAUGAUCAUGAUGAUUUCAUUGAGAAACUCUCAGAAUGCAAGACACGUCUUGAUCAGAAAUUGGUCGAUUGGUCUCAAUAUGCUCAAGCAAAAGAUGAACUCGUGACAUGGUUGAAAGAGAAUGAGGUCGUUCUUUCUGGGUCACUGGCUCCAGCUGUUGAUUUGAAAGACAAAGAAGCGCAGCUUGAAAAAUACAAGUUGCUUCUCCAAGACAUUGAAUCUCACAAAGAAUCUGUUGAUGUUCUUCACAAUAAAGCUAUGGAACUCAAUCAAGAUGAGGAUUUCAAGGAAAAGCUGAGUCAGUAUGACCAUGUUCUUUCACUUGCACAAGAACGAGCAGAACAUCUUGAAUCUUGUGUGAAGACACAUGAAGGAUACUAUGAAGCCGUACAAGAUUUCUGCAGCUGGAUAAAUUCUGCUAAAGAAGAGUUGAACAGAUGGUCUGAUACUGCAGGAGAUAAAGAAACUGUGCAGAAAAAGUUGACCAAAGUUUUGGCUUUGAAAGCCUCUAGAACUCAUGGUCGUCAGAAACUUGAUACUGCAACUGAAAUUGGUGAUCAUGUUAUUGCUAAUACUGCUGAAGAGGGAAGAGGAGUGAUAAGAACUGAACUAGCAAGCUUGAAAGAAGAAUGGAGGUCAUGGGAUCGCGGAAUGACAGAGACAGAGAUUGCCUUACAAACUCGACUCUCCCAGCUCUCAGAGUAUGAAAAAAGUUUUGGAAUUGAAAGAUCGGCUUUACAAGACGCUCUCAGUGAGUUCCAAUCAAAAUUGGAAAAAGUUCAAGCCAAGAUGCCACAAGAGGGCACUGAAGAGAUUACAAAAUCUGCAAAUGCAUUCAAAACCAAGAAGCUUUGCCAGUCUGUUCUCCAAGAGCUUGAUGAACUCCAAGAAUCAGUCGAUGCAUUGAAAGCCAGAUUGAAUGGACUUUGCAGAUCAUAUCAAAGUCCUGAGAUAGAUCAACUUUCAAAACAAGUCACAACAUCUCUGCAGCAAUAUGACAACACCAAACUGAAACUUGUCAAGACACGGACUCAGUGUGAAAAGAAUUUAUUGGAAGCAUUCCAAACCUCUGUCCGAGAUUUUGAAUCUUGGCUGAAAGCUAAAAAAGAACUGAUCCAAUAUCAUGGCGAUGUUUCCGGAAACAAGGAUGCUGCUAAAAAUAAAUUACAACAUAUUCAGGGUCUCCUGGGCAGUGCAGAGGAAGGCAAAACAAAGUUGAACAGCUUGAUCAGUCUUGGUGAUGAACUGCCUGAUAUUCUGGGUCCUGAGAGCAGUGAAAAUGUCAGACAUCAAACCAAGCAUUGCAAAGAAGCUUGGAGAAAUUUUCUGGCCAUUAUACAGGAAAAAGAACAAAGUCUUCAGAGCUACGUAGAACAACUAACAGAUUUUGAUUCCAGCGUUGCUGAACUCACAAAAUGGCUGAAUGAUGCUGAAGAAAAAUUUCAGGCUGAAACUGGACUCAGAGCUACUAUUGGACUAAAGAAAUCACAAUUUAAUUCCCUACAGGCUAUUGCUGAAGACACAACUGAACCAAACUAUAAAUUUGAAAGAUUGAAGAGAAAAGCUCACAAGUUGGGAAGUUCUCCUGAACUAUCCAAACUCAAUCAACUAACUUCACAAUAUCACAACAUAUCUAAACAAGUACAGGAUGCUUUGAAACGCAGUGAACAGAAUCUUCUUGAACACCAAGCUUAUCAAACUGCAUUCACAGAAGCUCAGGAAUGGAUCAAUGAUUUCAGUCACAGAUUGGAAACUUAUUCUAACAUGACAGGAGACAAAGAAAUGUUGGAGCAAAGACUUCAUAAACUUGAAACAAUUCUUGGUGGAAAACAAGAAGGAGAAGUGAAGAUCAAUAUUACAAGAGGUCACAGUGAGAAGAUUCUUCCAACUACUGCACCUCGGGGACAACCUACCAUCAAAUCUCAGGUCAAUGAACUUGUGCAAUCUUGGGAAGAGAAUGUUGCAAAAGCUGAAGAAAUUAGAAACCAACUUCGUAAAUGCAUUGGACUUUGGGAAAAAUAUGAAGAGGCCGUGAAGUACGCUCAUACAUGGUUGCAAAACACUGAUGUUAGUGUCAAGGCUGAGAAAAUUGCUCAUGGAGGACAGGGUCUUUCACCUGAAGCCCUGUUCUCUGAUCUUGAAAAAUGUCGUUUGCUAUAUCGGGACAUCAAGAAUAAAUCUGGCAUGAUUGAUAACAUUCAACAAUGUGCAAACAAAAUUGCAAAUAUCACCGGUGAUGUGUCUGGUACGAGAGUUGAUCUUGCUGAAAUAAGAGAACAUUAUCAGGAGUUGCUCAAUGCUGCACAAGGUCUUCUAAAUGAAGCAGAGACAGAAGCUGAAAGUGCAAAAUCUUAUCAUCAAGCACUUCAUAUAUUUACUGACUGGUUCUCUGGUAAAUCUAUGGAAUUAUUCAAACUUUCUGACACCUCUUGUGGGAAGGAAAUGCUUCAGGAGAAUAUCAAGGCCCUUGAAAAGCUCCAAGAAGAAAUCCCUGAAGGAGAAGAAAAAUUGAAACAAGCAAUUUCCGCUGGAAAGAGAAGCAGUCCUGAUAAAAGUAUAAAGCUCCAACUUCAGACUCUUCGUGAUGAUUGGAAUGAUUAUCGAACUAAGCUGGAACAAGCUCUUGUCAAUGCUCAGACACUGAUUCAAGAAACAGCAAAAUAUGAGAAAAUUUGCAAAGAAUUUUUAGACUGGAUUUCAGCAAUGGAACAGUGCCCUGAUGCUGAGAUCCAACUGACAAGCAGUCUCUCAGAGAAUCGAGAUCUUGUUGAUCGGUAUAAAUCAUAUUCGAAUGAAAUUUCUGCGAAUCAAUCCAAACUUGAUAAACUUAACAAAGCUGCUCAACAACUCGUGGACGCUUGUGGAAGUACAGAUGGAAAUAUCAGCAUGCAGGUCACCCAAAUGACAUCACGGUACCAAACUCUGAUAAUUCGAACAAAAGACAAACUUCGAAAGUUCCAAGAUACAAUCCAACUUCAGACAGAGUUUGAUAGUGAAGCGGAUGAAUUUGACAAAUGGCUUCAAACAACGGAUGAACGAUUUGCCAUGUAUACAUUGCCAGAAAAUAUUGACGCUGAUAAUGCUCAGAUGUGUUCAGAUAAACUUGAUGAAUUGUUAUCAGAGUUUGAAUCACACAAAGUAGCAUUAUCUCUUAUCUCUGAUAAAAGUUCCAAACUCACUCAAUUACUGGAUCAAGCUCACACUGAGGGAAUCAGGGGACAGACGGCUGCUCAACAUGAGGAUUUCCAGGAGCUUUACACUCGAAUCCAAGCAGAGAGAAGGAAUCUGCAUCGUACAUUGCAUUAUUAUGAAGAUUACCAAGAUUCAAUGUCAAACUUCAAGACAUGGAUGACGGAUAUGCAACAUAAAGUUAAUGCGAAACCUGAGAUUAUUUAUGAAUUAUUCGAAAAGAAAGCUCAACUAGCAAGAUUCUCAAAUUAUCAUGAAGAAAUUUUGAAGAACAAUGAAACCUUGCAAACCGUGAUCCUGAAAGCUCGUAGAUUGCCUGAUAACAUUCGUGAAUCAAGAGAAGUUGAACAUCUUAAUGAAGAAUAUCACAGACUUGCCCAACAGAGUCAGCAAAGGAUUAAUGAACUUAAAGCCAGGGUCAAAGUUCACCAAGAUUACUUUGAAGGAAUGCAGUCUGCUGAAAAAUGGCUGCUGAGCAAAUCAUCACAAAUCAUGGCUGCUUCUUCCCAGGACUUUCCGUCUGAACUGGUUGUUUCUCAGCAAUCAGCAGAAAAAUUUGAAUCUCAGCUUCAAGAAUUUCAAGGAACAUUGGAAGAAAUCAACAAUUUUAGAACUGAGGUUCAGUCAUUGAGUUCGAUGAGCAAAAGAUUAUUGAACGAGUACGAUGACAAACCUUUACCACUAGAGGGCCAAGUGAGAUCACAACUGGAUAAGUUACAGACAACAUAUGCCACUGUACAUAGUGCUGCUUUACAACUUGUUGAUCGUUUGAAAUCAAUUGUUCACAAACAACAAGACUUCAAUGUAAAACUUCAACAAAUUCGGUCAUGGUUGAGCGAGAAACAAGCAGCGGUCAAAAUCUCAAUGACAUAUAAACCAGCAAGCUUGCAGGAGGCCCAACAUGCUGUCAAGGAAUUGGCUUUUAUUGCUGUGGAAUUGGAAGAAAAACUAGAAUUCGUACAAGAGAAUCUGGAAACACAUCCUGCUGAGAUGGAUCCUGUUAAUCAACAACUUGAAUCAUUUCAACUCGAUCUUGACGAAAAAAUGCAAAAUGCAAACGAUAUCGCUACUGAAUGGUUGGCAGUCACAGAAGCACAGAAUGAAUUUAAGGAAUGGCUACUUGAAGCGGAAACAUCUCUUGACAGACUGGGUGACGCACCAUCAGAAAUCAUAUCAGAAGCUGCUGUUAAACAUCUUGGAAAUUGCAGAAGCAUUCUAGAAGAUAUUGACAGUAAGAAAAUACUUCUGAACCAGUUAAAGGAAAAAUAUGACUCUCUGCUUGGUCCUGAUACUGCAGUUGAUCCUGAUUUCCAAGAUGUCCAGUCUCAGUGGGAGCAUCUGAGAUCAAUCGCUAGUAAUCUUUGUGCUGCUCAGGAAAAGAAUUUGUCUGCUACAGAAGAUUUUUCUACAUAUUUUGCUGCUGUUGAAACUGUCGUUGAAAAUUUCAAAUCAGAUGUUGAAGCUUUGAUCAGAAACACAACAGAUGAUACAGAUAAAAAAUUGGCCAAAGCUAAGGAAAUUGUUCAAGAAAUGGGAAAGCUCAGAGGAAUGCUUGAUAACUUGAGUGAUAAAAUGCAAUCGCUGACACCAAGAAUGUCUGUUCAUGAUGCUGAUUCUGUUGAAGAUAAAUACAGAAAUCUGAACCAAAAAUGGAUCGACUGUGAACAGAAAGCUCAGUCAAGACUUCAAAUGUUGCAAAACAUAGUCAGUGAGAUGACAGAAUACAGAAAUCAACUUGCAGAUAUCAGCGCCUGGUUGUCUGAUAUAAAACAGAAAAUUAUUGAGCCGGUUCCUAUGACUCUUAGUGUGGAUGAGCUGAACGCUGCAAGACAGUAUCAUAAUUUGCUUUGCAAAGAGCUUGCCCACAAGAAAGAGGAAUUCAAUCAACUGACUAGCUGUCACCAAACUCUCCCACUCAACUUGAGCAGUCAAGAGAGAGAGUUGCUUCAGCAUGAAGUUGAAGACCUGCAGAGAUAUUUCAAAGAAAUACAAAAAUCUGCAAAUGAUAAAACUAAUGAUUUAAAUCAUGCAAUUGGUAGAAGAAAAGACCUUUGGGCAACUGCUCAACAGGCUAUAGCAUGGCUUGAUCAUCUAAAAGAAUCAUUGGAAUCUCAUCAACAUCCUCCAUUACAUCCUGAUGCUGUUGCUAAACUUAUACAAGAUCAUCGGGUUUUACACAGAGAAAUCAUUCGGCACAAGAAGACAGUUGAUGACGUCACAGCGACCGGACUUCAGAUUGUUUACGAAGGGAAACCAGAAGGUGUGAGUGUGAAAGGCAAGUUAUCAGGUCUUGAGGACAAAUAUGCAGAAGUUGACAAUCUUUGGACACAGAAAAUGGAAGAAUUGCAGUAUUUACUUGCUGAUAGAGAAUUAUUUCAUGCUGAUGUUGAUCGUGCACUUCGAUGGUUAAAGGAAGCAGAUAUAGUUACUUUUCCUGAAGUUAAUUUAGCUGCUCCAUUGACUGACCUGGAAACACAAGUUGGAAAAUAUCAUCAAAUAACUUCAGAAUCUGCAACUUAUCAAGACCUUGUUCAUAAAAUACAAGAUAAGGCAGAGCAGAUAAGACCAAAGUUAUCAGAUGUUGAUCAGGAAAUCCUGGAUGAAAAAAUUAAAAUGAUUGAAGAUCAGUUUAAUCUAGUCUGUGCUGCAGCAGUUGACAAAGAUGAACAUCUCGAGGAAAUGAUGUCAUCACGUCGUGAAUACACAAAUGAAUUAGAACAUUUUGAAGAAUAUCUGGCAACUGGACAAACCAUGCUACAGGAACUUGAUGCUUUACCUACCGGCCAUACUUCUGCUAGAGCUAGGGAUCUUCUUGCUAAAGCAAAGGAAACUCAAGAAAUAUUGGCUGAAAAGAAACCCAGUCUUGAUUCAAUCGAGAAAAUGAGAGAUUCUCUAAAGAACUCAGGACAACCUUGGCAACCAGAAGGGUUACUGAAAGCUACUGCCAUAUACCACCGACUGAUGCAACAAAGCACUCAGAGAAUUGAGCGGUUUUCAGACAUGUCAUUAAACCGUGAAAAUUUCGAAAGAAGGACUGAGCAACUUUCUGCUGAAUUGAAGGAAUAUGAAAGAACACUCGCUGUAGGAAGUGCUUCUAGGGCAGAGCAUAAACUUUCUGAAUGCCAGAAAACCGCAGCAGAUCUCACAUCAUCACAGAUAGAACUGAGAUCCAUCAGCGGACUGGCAGAACAAUUGUGUGCUGAUAUGGAUCAGCAGGAUAAAUCAAUAAUAAGAGAAAAAGUUGAUAAACUCAGAAGAUUGCUUCAUGCUCUUCAAGCAGAAAUUGGGGAAAAACAAAGAGAACUAGAAAAAAGACUAAUAUCCAGGAAAGAUUUCCAAGGAGAUUUGGAACAAGGUUUGGUCUGGUUAGAAGAAAUGCAGGCUGCUAUUGAAUGUGACAAACCAUUGAAACUUGAUACACAGAGUGUUCAGGAGGAAAUGAAAAAGUUGCAGCUUAUUCAAGAAGAAGUCCAGUCUCGUCUUCGGAUGUUGAUUAGUCUCGGCCAAUUAGAAAUUGACAAGUAUCAAGAAGAAGGGGAGGAACCUCCCGCAUCUGUCAAUCGAAAACUUGAUCAACUGUAUCAUCUGAAAGAAGCACUCACUUCUGCUAUUCUUGCCAAGCAGAUCCGCCUUGAAGAUGCGUAUGCAUCUCGACAAAAAUAUUCUGCUUGUUUAAGCAAAGUACAAUCUCAACUUGGCAGCGCCAGUGCUGAAUUACAACUACUAAGUGGAGACAACUCACCAAGGCAGGCAAGAAGUCUGCUCAAGGAACAUCAGGCUGCAGACGUGAUACAUCAGUACCAGGCAUUGUUCACAACAGAAGAUGAAGUUCUCCAUAACAUAGAAGAAUUAAAUCUCGUAGCAAAAGACUUGGAACAAAGUCCUGCUCUUUCAAACACUGCAAGACGAGCACUUGCAGAGUCCGUGGGCAAUGCUAAAGAGAGAGCUGGAAACUUAUUGGAUAGAGCUCAUGAAAUAAGAGAUAAUUUACAGACCACUGCUGUGAACUGGGAAGGGUUUGAUGACGAACUUGAAAAAGUUCAAGCAAAAAUACAAAAAGCAGAAUUGAAGUUGAAUUCUAUUGAAUGCACAAUGCCUGGAUCUGUAUUUGAAGCUCGAUGCAAUGUUGAAAAUUUUCAGCCUGCCCUGUCUGAUGUCUCCUUGCUUGAUCAUGAAGUCCAGGCAUUGCACAAAGUCUCUGAAUCUCUCUCAUCAGAUAGUUUUGCUGGUAGAAUGUCAGUGAAUCGCUCUAUAACUGCUGUGAAGGCAAGAAUCGAGAGAUUGCAGACAAGAUCAAAGGAGAUUGAAAGACUUCUUAACAAACAUCUCCGAGAUUGGGAAACAUAUCACCAGCAUACUUCAGAUGCUAAAUCAGUUUUGGACAGGAUUGAAAGUAGAAUGCCAGUGAAACAGAUUGAAAAAUGCACAGCAUUUGAUCUGAGCACACAAAAAUCUCUUUUGGCAUCCUUGAACAAAGAUCUCUCAUCAACAUCACGUCGUCUCAGUACAGUGCACGACGCUUCUCAAAAUAUUUCAAGAAAUCUUGAUUCUCCUGAGUCUCGAGAUGUUGACAGAGAAGUACGGGAUGUUGAGACAAAAUUGCAGAGCCUUGCUGAAGAAGCAAGUAACAAAUUAUCUGGAGUGAAGAAGGAAAUGGAUUCAAGAGAAGCACUUCAGACAGAAUUACACGAUCUUCUGCAAUGGAUAAAUGAUUCGAAAUAUUCUGCUGAUAGAUCUGUUGAUCUUACUCCAGCACCUUCUCAUGUCCAGGACAAGAUUGAUGCUUUGAAACAGCUCAAAGAUCAGCUCGCAUCCAAAAAAGAAUAUUUCACAAAGAUGUCAGAAACUCAACAGAAGAAAUAUCUAGAUAAGUUCAGUAUUCUUCCUGCUGAAAUCUCAACAACUAUGGCAAAAAUUAAAGUUGCUUUUACUGAAUUAGAAGAAGAAAUUGAGAAUAAGGAAAAGGAACUUGAUGCUGCUAAAUCAAUAAGAGAAGAAUAUCAGCAGGAAUUGCUUGAAAUAUCCACUCUGUUGAGCAAUGCAGAGCUGAAAUUAACAGAAGAUAUCAAAGAUUAUUCUACUGCUGAGAAAGAGCAUAAGGCUUUAAAGGCAGAAAUUGACAAAUGUCACAUCCGACUUGUCAGUCUGGAUGCAAUGGCUGUUGAGAUUGCAGAACAAACGACAUACGAAAGCAGCAGAAUCUCUAUCAAUGCUGCUAUAUCAGCAGUGAAUGAACAAUAUGCCAGAGUACAAGAACUGGCUCAUGCAAGAGCAAGAAAAUUUAGUAAUGCCGCAGAUUAUCUCACAGAGGUUGAGGAAACUCAUUCUUUUCUAAGGAAAUGGAGAUCAAAAGCUGAAAAUAUAUUAGCUGGCCCACUUACUAUGCGUGAUUUACAAGAUGCCAAAACUCAACUCAGAGAAAAUAAGGCACUCAGAAAUGAAUUAAAACAACUACGCAAAGAAAUUGACCGAAUGAGAGAUCGAAUCCCAGAUGUUGGUGCGGCAGUUGAUAUAGAAAGCAUGGAGGAAGAAAGUUUUGAGUCUUUGUCCACUGGUUAUGGAACCGGAACAAUUCCUUCAUCAUCAUUUUUCUCAAAGAAAAUUGACCAGAUGGGGUCUGAAUGCAUGGACCUAGAAAAGAAAAUCAAAGAAAGAGAAGAUGUUUUAUCAGAAUCUAUUUCAACUGCUUUUGACAUGGAACAAGAUACAAAAGCAAUCAGAGAUGGUGUAGCAAAUUUGAGAGAUCGGUAUCCCACACAGGACCAGAAUGCACCAGUGCAAGAACAACUGGCAUCAAGAAAACGAAUGCUUAGUCAACUAGAGAAAUGGAAAAGGAAAUUAGAUGCAGUGAGGAAUGACCAUCCAUUUGCAUCCACACCGGAUCCUUCUCCAAGAAGAGAUUCAUCAGAAGUCCCAGUUCCAAAACUUGCUCUUGAUCAACUUCAUGAAACUCCAGCGAUAAAAUUGGCAGAGGAUACUGAGAGAGUUAUUGAUGACCUUGAGUUGUCCUUGACCUCAGACAUCCAUGCGCUUGAGUCCCUGCUGAGAGAAAGUGAACCAUAUGAAGAGGAAAUUGCACGAUUGACUGAUUUGCUUUCUGAUGCUAGACAUCGUCUGAACAAUCUACCUCUUUCUGGUUCUGGUAGUCCAAGAUCAAAGAAGGCAGAAUUAGAUGAAUACAAGAAAUUACUGAAAGAAGUUGAAAAAUAUGAAAAAGAUUUGAAGGAAUUGAAGGAAAAGAAAAGGAAACUGAUGGAAGGACGAUCACAACCUUCUUAUGAUGAGCCAGACUCAAAAUUGAUUGCUCCUGUCAGCAGAAGUCUGUUGCCAGUUUCCGAGACUGUGGAUCCAACAUCGAUAGAACGUCAACACACAGAUCCUGAUUCUGAGUUAUAUUCAAUGUUAUUUGAUACUCUGGGAAAUUCUGUUUACCCACCCACUUCAGCAUCACCUGUAAGGCCGCAAAAAGAUGGUUCUCGACUGUCAAAGUUUCUUUCAAGAGAGAUGCGAUCACCAGGAGACUUGAGCUCACCAUCAACUCCAUCAGAAAUCUCAUCAGCAAGCACCUCAUCUCUACUUGAAGCCGAUAUCUUGUCUCCAUCACUGAACCCUGAUAAAUCCAAGCUGGAAGAAGAAAUUCCUGGCAUGCCUCUACCUAUUGAUGCUAGCAGUCCAUAUAUGGUCGAUGCCGCAAAAUACAGAAGAAUGGGAGAGAGAAUGUCUAUUGAUGAUGAUGAUAGAGAUGAGCUUGGUGAAAAAGUGAAGGAACUUCUCUCGUCCUUUCGUGAGCAAGACAAUGUUCGUUCAGACAUUCAAGAAAUUACAAUGAAAUUAAAUGAAUGCCAGGAAAGACUGGAUGCACCUGAAAUGCAGAUGUCUCUUCAGGAACAGUUUGAUCGAAAUCAGGCUCUGCUGGAUGAAAUUAACCUGCUUCAGAGCAAACUGGAAUCAGUUGAGAGAUGGACUAGUUCUCUAGCUCAUGACUAUGAUGGAAAAGAAACUCUGAAUGCAACAGUCUCUGUAUUGUAUGAUAGAUGGGACACAAUGAGAAUGCAGGCAACAUCUAAACAGAAUGUCAUAGAAAUCAAAAUGUUGGAAGAAGAGCAAUAUUGUAGAAUGGUUGAGGCCUACAAAGCUGAACUGGAGCAAGUCACUGAGUGGAUGGAAGAUGCAAAGAAGAUUCAACAGAGAAUGACUUCUGAAUCAGCAAGCCAGCACCCACCAACAAUUGGAUCUCUAACAGAUGAUCUCUCAGCUUUGCAGAAGCAUAUAAAGGAUUGUGAAUCAACGGUGGCUGAUGUGGAAAGAAAAUUGAGAUUGAUUUCUGAAUUGACAGGGGAAAGUUUGCCAGAACCGAGUGCACUGCGUCCUGUUCCACCAUUAUCUAGUCGUUCACAUCAAUCAUCAGUUUAUAGUAUUGUAGUGUCGCCACCAUCACCUUCAUCAUCGAGCACAUCUAGUUCUGACAAAACCUUGUCACUGUCCAGAGGAGACAAAGAAGGUGCCGAGUUAUUGGAACAACUUGAUAGUGUAAAGGAUGGAUUGGAGGAUUUGCAGAAAUCUGCUGUUGAUAAAGGAAAGCAAUACCAGGAUGAACUUGAGGCAAAGCAAGAUGAAGCUAUUGCGCAAUAUCAGACCGAAGUAUCAAAGAUGCAAGAUUGGCUAUCUGAAGUCAAGAGUUCUGAGUCCGAACAAACACUUGACAAAGAUUACAAGAAAUUCCAGUCUGAUCUUCAGCACCAUCAAACAUUGCUUGAAGAAGUCGUUAAGCUUGGAAGAACCAUGGCUGCUCAGAGGCUCUCACCAUUGCGACAAUCGACUGAUAGUAAAACACCAGUUGAAAGAAAGAAAAUCUGGGACAAGAUGGUGAAGGAAUUGCAAGACAAAAAUCUGGCGACUGAAGAAUUGUUUCUAAACCUACCCAAGACAUCAACACCUGUUAAAAAAUCAACUCUUGGUUCUGAUUCACCGCCGGGUGGGAGAGCCACAGUAGAAGAUAUUAAACAAAAACUUCAAGAUCUGCAAGAUUGUUGGAAUGAAAUGAAAGAGCAAUCACUUGAUAGUCAGGAAGCUUUGGAAAGAUUGCAGCAACAAACUCAAAAUGCGUUGGAGGCUGUUUCCGAAUGGAUGGACGAUGUUGAAUCUCAUCUGUCUCGACGUGGUAGCUUGGAAGCAGAACAACAACUACAAAAUAUUUUGAAGUCAGAGAUGGGAAGUAUUCAGAGUCAAAUGGGACAACUGAGGAAUGUCAAUGAUAAUAUGUCAUCGGCAAUGGCAGAACCAGACUUCGCGGAAUCACUCAAAUCAGCUUUACAGUCACUGAGUGAAAGAUUAAGUGCUCUUGAGCGUGAAGCAAAAGAAAGAGAACUCGCUCUUGCAGAGAAAGAUAUGGAUCAGAAGGAAUUCCAGGCUGAUCUCGCUUUCACAUCCAAUGAAAUAUCAGACCUCCUGGAUGAGGUUCAGUCGUUUUCUAUUGGUGAAUUUGGGGAAUUACCUGAAUUGGAUGAAAGAAUGAAGGAAAUGAAAGAAUCUGCCAGUGAAUGUGAGGAAAAACUGAAAGCGCUGGAAAGAAAAGCAGAAAAACUUGAGUUCAAAUCCUGGGGACCUGCUGACACCGAGAUGCAUCAAGUUUCGAAAACAUUUGAAAAACUGAAAAAUGAUUUGAGUGAGAAAUCAAAAACUCUGGAUGGGGUUAACCAAGAAGAAGUACAAUUUGCUCAGAUGCUUCUUGAUUAUUCUGAUGCUCUAAAUACUGGACAAGAAAAGCUGAAAAUAUCAAGAAUAGCUAUCAAAGAUUUGAAUGAGUUGAAAUCAUAUGUGGAAAAAUUUAAGGAAUACUUUGACGGCCUUCAGAAGCAGAGAUCCAUGUGUGUUGAGUUGGCCAGUAAACUCAGCUUCAUUGUACUGAAACUUCAUGAACUGACAUUCACUGAAUUGAAGGCCAAGCAUUCAACUUUGGAAAACAGAGCUGUGUCUAAAGAGCAACAACUUGGAAAAGUUGCAAAGGACUGGGAGAGAGUCUAUUCCAUACUGCAACAGCAUCAAAGUACGGUUACAGAACUGGAAUGCAAAUUUUUAGCAAUUGAACCGAAUGAGGAAAGUAUCCCUAAAUUGAAAGAAGAUGUUGAAUGUCUGCGCAAUAUCCAGAAGAAAAUUGCUGGACUUGAGACAGAAAUACACCAAGCUGUAGAUGAAGCUGACAAUAUUUUCCUUAUUAUUAAAUGUGAUGAUUUGAAGUCGAACAUUAACGAGACUUCUGAGAGACUACUCCUUUUGGGGUCGAAGGUUGAUCAAGAACUUGAAAGAUUAACAGCAAUACUAGAAAUGUUGCCAAAAUUCAACACUAUAUCAACAAACAUCAAUGCAUGGCUGACAGAGAACUCAGAUAAACCUGCAGAGAUUGUCCAGGACAUUGAAGCAUCUGAUUUGAGUGAAACAGCUGCGAAAACAAAAGCCAAGGAAUUCCAGAAACUAGUUCAGGAAUUUCAGAAAAUAAAGAUGUUUGAAAAUGAACUUCGAAAAUUGGUGGAAAAACUGCAUCAACUUAAAAGGAAUAAUUUGAAUAAAAUGAAAGACAGAAUGACUGACAUUGAUAAUGAAACAGCGAAAAUGGAGAAGUCAUUACCUGAAUUGAGUGAAAGAUUACAUAAGGCUCAAGUCAAUCUGCUUCCAGUUCAACAAGCUAUUUCACAAAUGGUUUCAUGGGUUGAACAAACAAAUGCAUCACUAGAUGUAAUGAAAAGAGAUUCUUAUGAAACAACUGGCUCACAGGCUGUACAAGACCAUCUUGCAUCCUACAAGGCUUAUCAUAUGGAGAUCAGAGUCAAACAAGUCACUAUCGAUUUUAUAAAUAAAUCUUCAGCAUCUGCUGAUCCAUUUUCUCCAAGACAAAGUGAAGUUGAAUUUGCUGAUAAACUGGGACAUAUGAACAUGGAAUGGGAAAUACUCAAAGCUCGGGUUGACAACUGUAUAAGCCAACUAGAACCCGAAUUAGUGAAAUGGACAGAACAUGAAAAAGCAAUAAAUAAAAUACAACACUGGAUUGAUGAUCAUUUGGAGACAUGUCAACAAAACUCAGAACCCGGUAAUAAAUCUCAAAUUCAAAGAGCGCUGUUGAAACUCCAGGGUUUGGAACCAAAAUUGAAAAAGAAAUAUUCAGAAAUCAGAAGAUUGGAAAAAGAUUAUAAAGAUCUUGUUGCAACCAAGAACAACAAAUUCAGAGCAGAAUCACCUGAGCCAGGGGUCGGCAGUUCAAAUCUUGCUCGACUCAAUCAAACAUGGGUGAUUUUAGAACACCAUCUCAAUCAACAGAAAAGAAAUCUAAAAAAAGCUUUAGAAGUUUGGGAAAGAUUCAAUUCUGUUGAGAAUGUCACAACCAAACAACUCGAUUCCAUAGAACAUUCAUUACUUCAAUGCUCUAAAGCUCAUGCAUCUAUGGAAGCUGUAGCAGCACAACUUUCCAAGCUUGAAGAACUUCAGCAUGAACUCAGACGACACAGUCUUCAACAACAACUAUUUCAAGUUGAAUCAAGCAGUCUCAUUGCAAUUUGUGAUGUCAUAACAGCAGACGAUGUCAGAGGAAAAAUCAACUCAUUGGAUGCAAGAUGGAAUGAGCUAUCUGCAUCUGUUGACGAACUUUUUUCAAAAUAUAAGAAAAGUUUAGAAGUUUGGUCAGAAUAUGAAAACCAAUACCAACAAGCUGAAAAUAAGUUGUACACUGUAAUAUCACAAUCAGAUUCUAUUAUGACAUCACAAACCAUGCUGGAAGAUCCUCAACAAUGUGAAAUGAAAGCUCAGGAGCUUUUGCACAGCUGCUCAGAGCUUGAAACAUCAAUCGCAGAGUUGUCAACAUUUGGUGAUGAAAUUGGUCAACUGAUGACUCCAUCAUCAGCUGUUCGUAUCAAUGGGCAAAAUACUAGGAUCGAACAAGCACUGACAGACACAAAUCAUCAUUUACAAAACACAAUUCACCAUUUGAAGAAUGAAAAAUCAAAGAUUAUGGAUUUCAAAGAAAAAUAUGGAUUUCUUGAAACCUGGUUGAAUGAGGCUGAAUCUGCUGUAGAACAGAACGACACAUCCAUUGAUGAAAAAGUUAUUCAGUCUCGUAUGGAAGAACUCAAGAUUCAACUCCAAGCCUUCAAGACAUAUUCAACCUUACUUGAUGAGUUAAACUCUCUUGGAUAUCAACUACCUUUGCAAGAUGUUCAUGUAACCAAACUGCAACAUCUCAACGCAAGAUGGAAUGAAAUAUCAAAGAAAACUGCUGAAAUGUUCCAACAUCUGCAGUCUCUGCAUUUACGGCAUCUCAACUUCACUGAGAAAUGCGAAUCAUGGAUGCUGUUUAUUGCACAAAUGGAAUCCAGCCUGACAAAUGAUGUUGCUUCGACUUAUGAAGGAUUAUUGGAGCAGUCAAGAACACUUGAAUUAUUCACUAUCGAAAUGAUGGGACGCCAACUAAUACUUCAAGCAAUCAUCUCAGAUGGAGAAAAAUUAUUAGAAAAUGGAUCUGAUGAAGAAAGAAGUGAAUUCAAAACCAAACUUGAUGAACUGAGUAGUCAAUGGCAGAUGGUAAUGAAGAGAAUGCAACAAAGAAAAUUCACAAUAGAUGAAGGAAUUAAGUUGUGGGUUUCCUACAAUCAACAAAAACAUCGGUUUGUUUCGUGGAUGGAGUCGGCAAAAAAACAGAUUCGAGAGUUGGAUUGUGAGAAACGUAUACAUCAAACUGUUCAUGGAAUGAAAAGCGACUUAGAGAAAUUAAAUGCUCUGGAGAAAUCAGCUUCUUUGAAUGAAGUUCAAUGCAGUUCUACAUUAGAAGCAGGCAAAGAUGUUGUUCCAAUUACUCAUGACUUCAGCACAACUGAAUUAAAAAAAGAACUUUCUUCUUUACAUAAUGACUGGCUAGCAAUCAAUAAAACCAUUCAACAGAAAAAGCGAGACCUGCAGUCACUACUCUCUCGCUGGAACGACUGUGAACACAAAAUCACAGAGAUGUUGGGAUGGCUUCGAGAUACAAAGAAGGUUCUGGCACAAUCUCACUCUGUUGAUCAUGAUGAAAUACAUUCAGCUAUGAUAAAAUGCAGAGACCGAGAGAUUAUGUUUGAUAUGACUGGUGAUAAGCUAAGGGCUUUAGAGGUCAGUGUGGAAGAAUUAUGCAGCGACAUCUCUCGGGCAGAUAUUGCCCUUUUGCGCCAACGAGCAGUACUUGUUCGCAAUCAAUGGGAGGAGUUGAGAGAACAAACUCAGCAAAGGAAAAGUUUGAUUGAAGCAAGACUUGGUGAAUGGGAUGAUUUUGAUGAAAAAUAUCGAGAACUCUGUGAAUGGCUGAGUAAUAUGGAAGAAAAAAUAUCACAAAAUCCAGAAUUGCCAAUCGAAGAUUUGAUGGAAAAGCUUGAAAAGCAAUAUCAAAAUGAAAUGUUUGGGGCUGAAGAUAGAAAAGCAGAGCUCCAGAGCCUGGGUGAAAAACUCAUUGGUGGGCACAGGGGUCAUAGGUCACAGGAAGUAGAAUAUAAACUCAACAAGCUAGUAGAUCGGUGGAAGAAUCUGGAAAAAAUGAAUAAAACAAGAUCUAAAAAAUUAAAAGAAACACUUCAAGCAGUUGCGCAACUGGAGAAAAGUAUGGAAGACCUGAGAACAUGGUUGAAAGACGUUGAAGACGGCCUGACAGACCCGGUUGUAUAUCGAGAUUCUAACGACAGAGAAAUCGUAGAAAGACUCACCGAACAACAGGCUCUCCAACGAGACAUCGAGAAGCACAGUUCAGGAGUAGCAUCAGUGCUGAAUCUAUGCGAAGUUUUACUUCACGAUGGUGAUGCUUGUUCCAAUGAAUCAGAGAAAGAUUCCAUCGAACAAGCUACGAAUAGUCUUGACAGAAGAUGGAGAAAUAUUUGUUCGUUGUCAAUGGAAAGAAAAUUGAAAAUUGAAGAGACUCAACGAUUAUGGAAGAAAUUUUUUGAAGAUUAUUCUCGGUUCGGUGAUUGGUUGAAAUCAGCAGAGCGUGUAGUUUCUCGACCAAACACAUUCAUGAUUUCAUACCAGGUUGCAAGAGAAGAAUUGAAGCGUUUCGAGUCCUUCCAGCGACAAGUACACGAAAGCCUGACACAACUUGAAUUAAUAAAUAAACAAUACCGACGACUUGCAAGAGAGAACAGGACUGAUGCUUCUAACAAGCUCAAACACAUGAUUCACGAUGGGAACUCAAGAUGGGACGCGAUAUCUCACAGAGUUGCUAGCAUCUUAAGACGGCUCAAGUACGCCAUCCAGAGGAGAGAAGGAUUUGAAACGAAACGCGAAUCUCUGCUGGUUUGGCUGACGGAGACUGAUUUGAGACUAACCAACGUGGAACAUUUCAUGCAAUCGGAAAACUACGAUAAACUUAAGGAAGUCAAGAACUUCCAAGCAACAAUUGAAGAACACAUACCUCGGAUCAUAGAACUUGACGCAAGAGGACUAUUUCUAAUUGAGAAGAGUGAAGAAUCAGAUUGUGUCGUAGUUGAAGAAGAAUUAUCAGAACUGCAUCGCUAUUGUCGAGAAGUCAUAGCAAGGCUUGAUCGAUAUCACAAAAGGCUUUUGCGUAUUAUGAACGAGCCCCAACCUCUUGAUUCAUCCUUGUUUGAAGAUACAGAACUCGCACAAAUGAGUUGGUGGGAAAAUUAUAUCAGUGGAACAAGUUCUUCCAGGAACAGCAGCCCUUCUUUACAGCCGCCAGACCAUGACCGCUUCCUAGCAACACCAAGAAGUCAAGGAAGUGAUAGAAGGUCAGCUACAAGUCACAGCGGAAGAGCUACACCUGAGAGUCUUGAGUGGGACUUAUACGAUAUCAGCCAGUCCGAGCUAGAAACAAAAGAUGCGGGUGCACUAACAGAUGAUGGUUCAAUACCGGAAAUUUCACCCUUUGAAACAGCAAGUGACGAUAUUCCACUUCUUCAUGUAUCAAGAGACAGUACUGGUACAAGACAGAGUAACAUAAGCAGAAGAAGUCAUGAUGUUUCAGUAUCUCAUGAACCUGAUGAUCUGUCACCUGCAAAAAAGCUUCGUACUUCGCAGGAUGAAAUGACCCAACAAUUCAUGAAUGACCUCAUAGCAACCUUAGCAUGGCUAGAUGCAACUACAAAGGUCACGAACCAGGAAAUGAAAAAAUCAGAAUCAAAAUUUGACAAAACAAUAAGCGACCUUGAUCAACAAUCUAUAGAGUUGAAGAGUUUACAAGCUUCCAUUGAACAAAGAAAAGCGAUUGUUUUGUCAAUAAAUCUUGUGUCAUCAUCCUACUCUGGUAAUUCUGAUGUCACAAUAAAACUGUCAAGCAUGAAUAACCAUUGGGAAUCGCUACAACAAACAUCGAUGGAUUGGAACAAAAGCCUACAAGAAAGCUUAUCGAAUUCUCAGGAAUUUCAAUCAACGCUUACUGAAUUGUCAGCAUGGGUUGGUUUACAAAACCAUCACCGUGACGACAUGAACAAGAUUCAGCAAAAAGAAAAUGCUGAUUCAUCGCCAACAUCAAGAAUGCACAGAUUAAGGAAAGAUCACAAAGUACUAGACCAGAUUAGAAUCGAUACAUUAGAAGCAAUUUCAAAGGUAACCUCAAUGCAAGAUAUCUGCAUCAGACUGACAACACCGGGCGACAAAAAUCAUCCAGUAGGUGGCACAAGAGCAUUAUCAGAAAAAGUUCGCAGCACGAAUGGCCGGUUGAAGGCGUUGCUCGAUGCUGUCAGAUCAGAUUUGAGAGAUAUUGAACACAAAAUCAAGGCUACAAGAAGAAGAGUGAGAGAAGAAAGAAGUUCUGAAUCAGACUCUGAGAUAUCAACAGAUGGUGCAUUGAGAUCAAGCACACCAAUCAGACUAAGGAUGCUGCAGAGAAAGCUCCGGAAAAAAUCCAAUUGAAGACCAAGAAAUGGCAACGACUCAACCGACUGACAAAUUUUCCGACUCACCGACGAAAGGACUUUAUGAUGUCACUCAAGAAUCGUGUUCUAGCAUUGAUGACGUCACACAUAAAUCUUUACAUGCUCGCUCCA